ACAACACAGACUUCAAAGAUUAAUAUCAUCACCGCUCGAGACUGUUCAUGAAUACAGCUUUUGGAAAACAGCUUAAAAUGAAAUACUGUAAGAUAUUUCUCUUUCUUCUAUUAAUGAUCAUGGGUGUCUCAACAAAUGCUCAAGAAGUUACCUGUGAGGGUGAACAGCUCAUCAAUGUUGACAUUGUAGUUGGAAAUCCAGGUAAGGCUCCACCUUAUAAACCUGGACAUAUUUUAGUUUUUCGAUGCACAGAUGUGAAGCUGAAGAUGCACGGCCAACAAGUAAUCGAAUGUCUGUCAAAUGGAAAAUGGGAUUAUCCAUAUCCAAAAUGUGGAGAUGUUACAUGUCUUCUAAACACAAAAAAGGAAAACAUCAAAAUGGAUCGAUUCCCUGAUUUUGAGUGUCCAGUCACACCUGGAUAUAAUUUAACGUUUUCAUGCAAUGGACAAGGACUGAUUUUAAAAGGACAGGAAAAAAUCACCUGUCAGUCAAAUGGAGAAUGGAGCAGCCCUUUUCCAAAAUGUGAAGAUAAACACACAGAAGCAGUAACCUGUGAGCUGAAGUCAACCACAUUUGGAGUAAUAAAGAUCAAGCCACAUGAGCCUACAUUUUCAGAGCUGGAGAAAGUGUGGAGAUCACCUGCUCUGAAAAAUACUGGUUCUUUGGUACAAAAGAAGACAGCAGAUCAUUUACAUGCAAAGAUAAUGGAGAGUGGGACUAUGAGCCUGUUUGUGCAGAGAUUACAUGUGAAGUUCCACAUUACCAGCAUGUCCCCAAGACCAGUCUGGAUAUCGUGA